CUCAUCAUCUUCUAGAUAAUCCACUCCUCUCUCUCUCUCUCUCUCUCUCUCUCUCUCUCUCUCUCUCUCUAAUUUUCCAUGGGAAGUGUUUUUGAGGUAGAUACGCCGGGGACGGCGACGGCGACGAACAAGAAGAUGGUUAAGGAAGAAGAGGUAGAAGAAGAGAAGAUAGACGAGGAAGAGUUAUCGCCGAUCGAACAGGUUCGCCUGACGGUGACCAACACCGACGAUCCAACUCUACCCGUAUGGACUUUCCGGAUGUGGACUCUAGGGAUUAUCUCAUGUUGUCUACUAUCUUUCCUUAACCAGUUCUUCUCUUACCGGACUGAACCAUUGAUCAUAACACAGAUCACAGUUCAGGUGGCUACUCUUCCCAUCGGCCGUUUCAUGGCUUCCGUACUUCCUAAAACGAAGUUCUGUAUACCUGGGUUUGGAUCAAGGGAAUUCUCUUUUAAUCCAGGACCAUUUAACACCAAAGAACAUGUGCUUAUCACCAUCUUCGCCAAUGCCGGCUGUGCUUUUGGUAUCGGAACUGCUUACGCCGUCGGCAUCGUUAACAUUAUUAAAGCUUUUUAUCAUAGGAACAUCUCCUUCAUCGCUGGCUGGAUACUUAUUAUCACAACCCAGGUAUGUUUCUCUCUUUCAACAACUCUUAAAUUCAAAGAACUUCUAUGGGCAUUACAUGAGAAGGAGGAACGACGCAAUUCAAGAGCCAAGUUCUUCUUAAUUGCAUUCAUUUGCAGCUUUUGCUGGUAUGCCAUCCCUGGCUACCUCUUCCCUACUCUUACAAGCAUCUCAUGGGUUUGCUGGGCAUUCAAAAACUCUGUCACUGCACAACAGAUUGGUUCAGGCCUACAAGGCUUAGGACUAGGAGCUUUCACCUUGGACUGGUCUGCCGUGGCUUCCUUCCUCUUCAGCCCUUUAAUUAGUCCUUUCUUUGCUAUUGUUAACAUCUUCUUUGGCUAUGCCUUGAUCGUAUACAUAGCUAUGCCCAUAGCUUAUUGGGGUGUCAACUUGUAUGGUGCCAAGAAGUUCCCUAUAUUCUCAUCCCAGUUGUUCACUUCUGAUGGCCAGACAUAUAACAUAUCCGCCAUUGUUAACAACAACUUUGAGCUUGAUAUCCCUAGUUAUAAGAAUGAAGGACAGAUCCAUCUUAGUAUGUUCUUCGCUCUAACUUAUGGUUUUGGUUUCGCUACUAUAGCAGCUACACUCACCCACGUCGGCUUCUUUUAUGGAAGGGAGAUUUAUGAUCGAUUCCGAGCUUCGUAUUCGGGGAAGAUUGACAUUCAUACUAGAUUGAUGAAGAAGUAUGAGGACAUACCCCAAUGGUGGUUUUACGUUCUCCUUCUGUUAUCUGUUGUUGUUUCUCUUGUGCUUUGUACUGUGCUGAAUAAUCAAGUUCAAAUGCCCUGGUGGGGUCUCCUCUUUGCCUGUGCCCUUGCCUUCCUAUUUACCCUUCCCGUCAGUGUCAUAACAGCUACAACGAAUCAGACACCGGGGCUUAACAUCAUCACAGAGUAUCUAAUGGGUGUUAUAUUACCAGGUAGACCAAUUGCUAAUGUCUGCUUCAAAACAUAUGGAUAUAUGAGCAUGGGCCAAGCUGUCUCCUUCCUCAGCGACUUCAAGUUAGGCCAUUACAUGAAGAUACCUCCACGAUCUAUGUUCUUAGUUCAGUUCAUUGGGACUAUAAUAGCUGGGACGAUCAACAUUGGGGUGGCAUGGUGGCUGCUGGAUUCUAUCAACGACAUUUGCCAGAUUGACCUGCUCUCUCCUAACAGCCCAUGGACAUGUCCAAAUGACCGUGUCUUCUUCGAUGCAUCUGUAAUCUGGGGUCUGGUUGGACCCUUAAGAAUCUUUGGUUCUCAGGGAGCCUAUGGAGCCCUCAACUGGUUCUUCCUUGGAGGUGCUAUAGGUCCAAUUUUGGUUUGGCUUCUGCACAAGGCAUUCCCUAGGCAAACCUGGAUCCCAUUAAUCAACCUUCCAGUCCUUCUCGGAGCAACAGCUUAUAUGCCACCGGCGACGGCAUUGAACUACAAUUCCUGGAUUGUUGUGGGGACGAUUUUCAACUUCUUUGUUUUCCGGUACCGGAAACAAUGGUGGCAAAGAUAUAACUAUGUGCUCUCAGCAGCUUUAGAUGCUGGGGUGGCUUUCAUGGCUGUGCUUCUUUACUUCACAUUAACCAUGGAAAGUAAAAGCAUCAACUGGUGGGGUACAGCAGGAGAGCACUGUGAUUUGGCUUCUUGCCCUACUGCUAAGGGUAUAGUGGUUGAUGGGUGUCCUGUGUUCUAAGUAUUCAUAGAUUAAUUCUUGUUAAUCUCUUUCCUUCUCUGUACCAUAUCAACCUAUCAAGUCAGGAGUUGAUUACCACAUUUGUAAUGUUGUCUGUGAUAGUUCAACUACUGCUUCUUAUGUUCAAAAUAAUUUUAAAGAUACAUGAAAGGCAGUCUCUCCUUACAUGA